AUUUUCCAAUUCGGCAAUUUCCACACACCACACCUCCUCCGGACCCCAAUUCCCAUGUCUCCUAGGCAAACUGGCCAGCCUUUUCUACUGAGGCGUUUUUGUCUUCACUCAACCUCACUUCACGUGACUUUCUCAAUUCUCUAAGCUCAUUCCCUCUCUCUCUCUCUCUCUCUCUGCAACUCCAAGAACCUAUGCUCACAAAUCUGCAUUAAUAUUCUUUAGAGAUCAGAUUUCAGAUCUCACAUUUGAUGACUGCAAUACAACAAAUCUAGCUCAGCUUCUUUUUCUUCUUCUUCUUCCAUGCCUCCACUACAUUCCACCAAACUAGUUUUCCUCUUUCUGAUAUUGCAUCUGUACCUAUACUUCACAACUUGUGUGUUAGCUCAAAGAUGCAAUUCAGAGCCAGAGAUUUUCAGAUCUCCAUGCCCACCAUUCACUUCCACCCUUUCUUUUCCUUUCUCAACUUUACAAGGCUGUGGCCACCCUUCAUUUCAAAUCAAAUGCUCCACUCCACACUCUACCAUCUCCAUCAACAACCUCACCUUCUCUAUUCUUCACUACGACCCCAACUCUUUCUCUCUCACAAUCACCCCACAUCUCUUAAACACUACCACAAAAGCCAAUGAUUUACAGGCUCACUCAAACUGUUCCUCCUCUCACUUCCCCUCCAUUCCCAAUCGCUCUAUCAACCUCUCAGGCUCACCAUUUCGAGCCUCAGACUCUUCUUGUUCUCGACUCGCUUUUCUUCAACCUUGUUCCCAUCUAAAACCCGCAUACUGUGAGCAUUGCGCUUGGGAAUGCAACCUCAUCGAGAACCCACUUCAGCUACUCCAGGGUUGCACUUCUAGCUCCGCACAAAGUCCUAUCUCAGACCAACGCUGCCAAGACGACAUCUUGGGCUACCUCGACAAAUUCUUCAGCAGCAUUGGGAUCGAACUCGAGUGGGACGAAGCUCAAGGCACUUACUUCUCGAGCUGCAAAGAUUGUGAGUCCAAAAACGGUGUCUGUGGCUUCAACUCCACCGACCCAGAAAAGCAGUUCAUUUGCUCUCACUAUGAUCAGAACACUCACUCCUCCCCAUGGCCUCGACAACACAGCCCAAAAAGACUAGCUAUUUUGUGCUCGAUAUUCUUGUUCGCAACCUUACUCCUCGUUGCUACAGCGAUUUUCAGGUCCAAGCGUUUGAAACUUUCAUCCCCUUCAGAUUUAGAAGACCCCAACACUCUCUUCCUUCAUCGACACCGCUCAGCUAGUCUCCUCCCACCAGUUUUCACCUACGAAGACCUCGAGUCCUCGACCAACAAGUUCGACCCGAAACGCAAAAUCGGCGACGGUGGGUUCGGGUCAGUCUACUUAGGCCAACUCCACGAUAAUCGAAUCGUCGCUGUCAAAUACCUUCACCACCACAAAGCCACUAGCAAAGCCUUCUCGACCAAGUCCUUUUGCAACGAAAUCUUGAUCUUGUCCUCAAUCCAACACCCGAAUCUCGUCAAACUCCACGGCUAUUGCAGUGACCCAAGAGGCUUAAUCUUAGUCUAUGACUAUGUUCCAAAUGGCACUCUAGCUGAUCACCUUCAUAGCAGAAACAAAGCCUCUUUGUCAUGGAAUAUACGUGUCGACAUUGCUCUACAAACUGCUUUGGCUAUUGAGUACUUGCACUUCUCAGUGAAACCAGCUAUAGUUCACAGAGACAUUACUUCCUCUAACAUUUUCGUUGAAAGAGAUAUGAGAAUCAAAGUUGGUGACUUUGGGUUGUCUAGGCUGCUAGUCUUUCCAGAAACGACAUCGUCUUCUUCUUCAUCUGGGUAUGUUUGGACAGGUCCACAAGGUACACCUGGGUAUUUAGACCCGGAUUAUCACAGGUCGUUCAGGCUAACAGAGAAGAGCGACGUGUACAGUUUUGGUGUGGUGCUUUUGGAGCUCAUAUCUGGGUUGAGACCAGUGGAUCAGAGCCGUGACAAGAGGGAGUUCGCUCUUGCUGAUCUUGUUGUGUCGAAGAUUCAAAUGGGUCUGUUGCAUCAAGUGGUGGACCCAGCUCUGAGGCUCGAUCAUCAUCAUCAUAAUGGGGGUGUAAUGGACGGCGUUGAUGCAGUGGCAGAGCUUGCAUUCAGGUGUGUCGCGGCUGACAAGGAUGAUCGUCCUGAUGCUAAGGAAGUUGUGGAAGAGCUUAAGAGGAUUAGGAGUUGUACAACAAGGGACAUUGGGCGUGAUGACGUGGCAAAGAGUUGAGUUCGAAGGUUUUUGAUUUGAUUUGAGAAAAAAAGUGGGGUCAGUUUGCACAUGUGGGAGAGUUUGACUGAUGAACUAAAAAACACAUUUUGUCAGAGGGUUUUUUUUUUUUAAUAAUAUUUGUUUGGAAGCAUAUAUAGAAGUUUAUUAAUAUGAUAUGUGUAAUAGCAUUAAGAAAGAAGAAUGUGAAUAGAUCUGUCAGCUUUUUUCAGCA